AUGCCAACGUAUCCGCAGCCUGAUAGAAACGGCAGACAAUCCUCCGGCAAAGGCUUCUUCAGACGAAACAAGGACAAGGAUGAGCUGCCCCCAACCCCAAGCCUCAAUGGGUCUACCGUUUCUGGACAUUCGAAGAGAGGGUCAACAGCAGGAUAUCAAGAUAUCGCCAACGUCGGCCUCAGGCCUAGCAUCACGUCUGUACCAUACUCCUCCACUGCCGACUCGAGUGCUCCUGUGUCGGUAGAUUUCCUCCCCCAAGAAGACCAACUUCCCGCUCAACAAACAAGCUCUUUCUCGAGGGGUUCGGACUUUCAUCAGUACCCAAGAUUCGAAGCCCCAUCUCCACAAAAUGGUGCCUCACAUCCCUCGGGCCCUCGCCCGCCGCCUCAUGGCACAGGAAUUACAAUGGCAUCAAGUCAGGGAGGUGACAAGGGUGCAAGGUACCAGCAAUGGGGAAAGGUCGGGAGCAGGGAUGGCAAUUCAGUUUACGACUCCGUAUCCACCACCGACAGCUCAAACGGGCCCAGACGGUCCUUCGAUGGUGCAAGCAUAAAGUCAAGCGCCUCCUCCGCCACACGAGGAUCGACCAUUUUCUCGUCAGAUAAUUCGUCACGAACCGCGGUUGCCGCAAGAAAUGACACCGACAACUUCUCCAUACUGUCACCCUCAGGCUCGCGAUUGUCCAAGAUGUCAACCAUGUCGGGCUGGCCUUCGCAACAGCAGGCCGCAUUCAGUUCGACCACCUCUUUCAAUCCUGCGGGGUUCUACCUUCCGAAGCCCGAUAAUGACGAAGACAUCGAGAAACUCUUCAUCGACUUAAUGCACAAAAGAGGAUGGCAGAACCUACCUGAGCAGGCUCGGCGGCAAAUGCUUGCAUAUGCUCCAGCUAAGAAAUGGACGCUUGUGCAUCAAGAUAAAUUGACAGAAUGGCAAGGAGAGCAGAAGCGACGCCAGCAGGCGCGCCAGACCGGCGUCGUCGAUGGCGCGAUGGCGCGACCGGAUCUCGAGGGCAGCCCCGAGUGGUAUGUGAAGAAGAUCAUGGACAAUAGCAUAACCACAAAGCAACUCCAGAGUCUGAGUGUCAGCUUACGCACGCAGCCCAUCUCCUGGGUGAAGACCUUCAUCGAAGCACAGGGCCAGAUAGCCUUGACCAAUGUGCUGAUGAAGAUCAACCGGAGGCAAGAUGGUGGCCCGACUCCAGCAUCUACAGCCGCGUCUAGUGAAAAAGACCUGGACAGGGAAUACGACAUUGUAAAGUGUCUCAAGGCUCUCAUGAACAAUAAAUACGGGGCCGACGAUGCGCUCAAUCACCCCCAAGUCACUGUCGCGCUGGCAAUGUGCCUCAUUUCACCUCGGUUGACUACCCGAAGAUUGGUAUCUGAAGUCAUUACCUUCCUCUGCCAUUGCGGCGAGGGCCAGGGUCACCUCAAGGUUCUCCAAUCGCUAGAUCAUCUCAAAGGCAUGAUUAAUGAGAAUGGGCGCUUCGACGCUUGGAUGAGAAUUGUCGAGGUCACAAUCGAUGGCCGCGGUAAGAUGGGCAGCUUGGUUGGUGCCAGCGAAGAAGUACGAAGCGGUGGUGUUGGGAUGGAGAACCUACUGAUGGAGUACGCUGUGGCUACGCUCGUUCUGCUCAACUCAAUGAUCGAUGCGCCUGAGCGAGACCUGCAGCUAAGAUGUCACAUUCGUGCCCAGUUCAUUGCUUGCGGUGUCAAGCGGAUCUUGACCAAGAUGGAAGGCUUCCAGUACGAUGUCAUUGACAAACAGAUUGAGAGGUUUCGUGAGAAUGAAGCCAUCGAUUACGAGGAUAUUCUACAGCGCGAGAACAGCAGCAUGGUCGACAGCGUCGAGGGCGAUGUCAAGGAUAUGACCGACCCAGUGCAGAUCACGGACGCUAUCAUGAGCAGGAUCCAGGGAACGCGGACACAAGACUACUUCAUUUCCGCCAUGCAGCAUCUGCUGAUUCUUAGGGAGAACAACUCAGACGAUCGACUGCGGAUGUUCCAGCUCGUGGACUCGAUGCUCAGCUAUGUAGCCAUGGACAGGCGCCUGCCGGACAUGGACCUUAAACAGAGUCUGAACUUCACCGUCCAGAAUCUACUCGACAAGUUGUACACCGAUUCCGAGGCAAGGAUUGCCUUUGAUGAAGCCACUGAGUCAAGGCAGAUCGCCGAAGCGGCGCUCGCUGAGCGAGAUGAGAUGGCAUCGAAAGUGGCUAUGGGUGCCGAUGGGCUCGUGGACCGGUUGCAGAAGCACAUCGACGAGCAAAGCGAGAUCAUCGAAAUGCAGCGGCGCCAGGCAGAGUCUAUGAAGUCCGAAAUUGCAGAACUCCACCGACUGCGAAAUCAAGAGCUGCAACGCAACGAGCUCGAGACCAGAGAGCUUUAUCUCAUGCUCAAGGAUGCACAGGACGUUGCUGCGUCGCAUGCCAAGAACGCGAAUGCUGUUGGUCAGGAUCCUUCUCAGAUGCAGGGUAUCCUCGACCGCGAGAAGCUUAUGGAGCGCCUCGAACGCAAUCUUGAGAGGACCAAGACUCAAUUCAAGCUUGAGGGCAAAGUAUGGGGCCAAUCUGGUCCGUCGGAACGUUUGCGAGAGCUCCGCGAACAGAUGGAUGACAACCCGAAUGAGGCCGACUUCCAGGAGAGAACACAGAGACAACUCACCGCCAGUGUCAUGGGCAGCGUCACCCGCAGUAAUGCUCAUCGCUCCAGGAAACCCGUAGGCGGCAGGCCUGCACUGCCAGAGGAAGAUGAGGAGGCUGACGAUGAAAUUGUGAUCGAGAAACCACGCCUCGUGGAGAUGAGCAGGCCCAAGAUGGACAAGAAGCAGCACGCUAACUUGUUCGGCGAAAUGGCAGCCAAAGUCAAGAAGAUGGAUGCCAGCGACGAUGAAGGCGAGGCGGAGGGCGACGGUGUCACAACCGGUCCAACGCACCCAAGCCUUGAGUCGCAGUCGCCAAAGACGCCGCUCGACGAGACUGCCUUAGACGGCAAGUUCUCAGGACCUCCACCUCCACCUCCGCCACCAAUGCCAGGCUUUACCGGACCGCCUCCGCCUCCGCCGCCUCCGCCACCUCCUCCUGGACUCGGAACGUCUGCCGGUCCGCCGCCGCCGCCUCCGCCGCCUCCGCCACCUCCACCGAUUCCCGGCGCUCCUCCUCUACCUGGUCAGCAGCAUGGUCAUUUCUUGCCUCAACCACAGUUGUCCUCUGUCCCGAUGAUGAAGAUGCCUUUGAUGCGCCCCAAAAAGAAGCUCAAAGCUUUCCACUGGGAUAAAGUCGACAGCCCCGAGAUCACCGUCUGGGCCGAUGCAGCCUCAAUAGAAGCCAAAGAAGAGAAGUACCGUGAACUCCAGCGAAGGGGUGUGCUCGAUGAAGUCGAGAAGCUGUUCUCCGCAAAAGACGUCAAGAUUAUUGGUGCUGUCUCUGGCAAAGCCAAGAACGAGAAGAAGCAAAUUAUCUCUAGCGACAUGCGCAAGAAUUAUCACGUGGCCAUGGCCAAGUUCAAGAGUGACACGUCAGACGACAUUAUCCGCAAGAUCAUCCAUUGUGAUCGAGAUAUACUGGAUAACCCAGUUGUGAUGGAUUUCCUUCAACGAGACGACCAGUGCACAAUCCCAGAGAAUGUCGCCAAACUUAUAGCGCCUUAUAGCAAGGACUGGACUGGUCCGGACGCCGCCAGUACUGCUCGUGAGCAGGAUCCGAAUGAACUUACACGAGAAGACCAGAUUUAUCUUCAGACCGCCUACGAGCUGCAUCAUUACUGGAAGGCCAGAAUGCGUGCUCUGGCUCUAACUCGCAGCUUUGAGCCUGAGUAUGACGAUAUCUCCAAGAAGCUCAAGGAGGUGGUGAACGUUUCAGAGUCCAUCAGAGAUUCCACUUCACUCAUGAGCGUACUGGCACUCAUUUUGGACAUUGGCAAUUACAUGAACGAUUCAAACAAGCAGGCGACUGGCUUCAAGCUCAGUUCCCUUGCUCGUCUUGGGAUGGUGAAGGAUGACAAGAACGAGUCGACCUUUGCCGAUCUCAUUGAGCGCAUCGUUCGAAAUCAGUAUUCCGAAUGGGAAGGCUUUGUCGAGGACAUAUCGGGCGUUGUUGGUAUCGCCAAGCUCAAUGUUGACCAGCUGCGCACAGUUGCAAAGAAGUACAUCGACAAUAUUAACAAUGUACAAUCUUCGCUCGACGCUGGCAACCUAAGCGACCCCAAGAAGUUUCAUCCUCAAGAUCGGGUGGCUCAAGUUGUGCAGCGAUCGAUGAAGGACGCCCGCAGAAAGGCCGAGCAACUACAAAUCUAUCUCGAUGAAACGAGUCGGGUCUACGAUGAUAUCAUGACAUACUUUGGCGAAGAUUCACAGGAUGAAAAUGCCCGUCGUGACUUUUUCAGCAAGCUCUCCGGCUUCCUCGUGGAAUGGAAGAAGUCACGAGAGAAGAACAUCAGCCUAGAGGAGAGCAAGAGGCGCAUCGAAGCAUCACUGGCUCGCAAGAAGGCAGCGACUGCUCUUCCGAGCGCCAGCGGCACUGACUCGCCGAAUAGUCCCACUGGAAGUGGCGCAAUGGACUCUCUUCUCGAGAAGCUUCGAGCUGCUGGAAACCCUGGCAAAGAUCAGAGAGAUCGAAGACGGCGAAGAAUGCUCAAAGAGAAGCACCAAGAGCGGCUGGCUAGCGGCCAGCAUAUACCUGAUCUACCUGUUCGGGAUGAGCUUGAGGAAAGCAGAGGCAUCGCCAAUGGGAAGAGCGAGGGCGAGGACAGCAAUAUUCCCGAGGGUGACGAAGAAAAGAAAGAAGAAAGUCAUGUGAGUGAAAGCGAAGACGUUGCUGAUCGCGCUCUUCGUGCCCUGAAGGAGAUGAGUACCACGCCAGGCGAUGGCGAGCUCGCCGUGAGGCGAAGAAGAGAAGGCGCGGACGAAGAGCGCAAAGCUCGGAGGAUGCGGCGCCGGACACAGCAGAACAACAGCAUCAGCUCUGCCAGUGGCAUCGUAACACCAAGUCCCAUGCAGACGGAAUUCUCGUCCGACGUGAAAAGCCCAGGGAGUGGCAUCUUGGAGAAGGUCGACGAGAACGAUAAAGCCUCCGCGGGGAUCGUCUCCACACCAACCAUUGUUAUCAGCCCUGAGAUGCCACAGCGCGAGGCAGAUGGUGCAGUAAAGGAGGAUGACGCGAAGGAAGGUUCAGCUGAGCAGCCUGCGCGGGUUGACGAUUGA